GGCAUCGCAUGAAUUUUCCUUCAAAAUGACACGACUUUCUCCCAAAUUCAAUUUUUGUUAAAAGUCUAUUAGAAUCCACACAUGCUUUUUACUUAUUAUACUUUUAAUACUUUAUCGGGUACAAUCGAUAUCCGGCGAUAGUCGUCAUGGAUCAGGAUCACUUGAAGAAUGCCAAAAACGCCACGCGGAGAGUUGGUCGUCUGCGGUCGCUGGGCAUCGUUACAGUCGGAGCAGCUGCCUUGGUGGCAGGCAUCACGGCGUACAAGCAGCAGGACCAGUUGUUCCGGACCUUUGUGAUGCCAGCGGUGCGACUGCUUCCGGCGGAAACCAGUCAUCAACUGGCUGUGCUGGCGUGCAAGUACCGCCUGUGCCCGGUUUCACAGUACCAUGAUGACCAGAACUUGCACACCCCGUUCUUUGGCAGAAUGCUUAGCAAUCCCAUUGGCAUUGCCGCGGGAUUCGAUAAAAACGCGGAGGCUGUGGACGGCCUGCAGGAUCUAGGAUUCGGAUUUAUAGAGGUGGGCACAGUCACCCCAGCUGCCCAGGAGGGCAAUCCAAAGCCAAGGGUCUUCCGGUUAUCCGACGACAGGGCCAUCAUCAAUCGGUACGGAUUUAAUAGCGAGGGUCAUCAGGCGGUGCUCCAAAGACUGCGCCUGCUUCGCAAAAAGGAGAACUUCAACGGAGUUGUGGGCGUCAAUCUGGGCCGGAACAAGACCACCAUGAGCCCGAUAGCCGAUUAUGUACAGGGUGUGCGGGUCUUUGGGCCCGUAGCAGAUUACCUGGUCAUUAACGUAAGCAGUCCAAACACCAAGGGCCUGCGAGAUAUGCAGAGCAAGGAGAAGCUAAGAGAGCUCCUGGAGCAAGUCAACGAUACAAAAAACUCCCUGGAUAAAAACAAGAAUGUGCCCAUACUCCUAAAACUCUCGCCGGAUCUAUCGUUGGACGACAUGAGGGACAUUGUGUGGGUUAUCAAGCGCAAGAAAAGCCGCGUGGAUGGCCUGAUCGUGUCCAAUACCACGGUGUCGCGUGAAAACAUCGGAAACAACAAACUGGCCGAGGAAACUGGCGGAUUAAGUGGCCUUCCGCUCAAAGCCCGCUCCACAGAGAUGAUUGCCCAGAUGUACCAGCUCACCGAUGGCAAGAUUCCUAUCAUCGGCGUCGGCGGUGUGGCUUCCGGCUAUGACGCCUACGAAAAGAUCGAAGCUGGGGCCUCGUACGUCCAGCUCUACACGGCUCUGGUGUACGAGGGACCCGCACUCGUGGACGACAUAAAGGCGGAGCUGUCGGCGCUGAUUACCCGGCUAGGUCACACCAAUGUUGCGGACGUUGUGGGUACCAACAGCAAGUUCUAUUUGCCCAACAAAUGAAUCAAAAAUGCCAGGAUUUGAAACAAGUGCUGCAUUCAUUUCUGUACAACUAAGCUGCUCCGACAGCCAUUUCUCAUGCUUUCCUUUCGGUAUAACCAAUAAAUAAAUAAAUUCAUCAUCUAUUA